GCACUGCGGGCUGCGGCACUGCAGGGCAGAGUGAAGCAGAGCCCGAGACUCGACGAAUGUGUAUAGUGAUCGUACUGUCAGGUUACAGUAGAUAGUAUAAUUUUUAUUUUACACUUACUGUGAUAUCUAAAACUGAAGUUUGGUGUGUAAAAAUCUGUUGUUAAUUCAUCGCAUGUCUGAAAUGAUAAAAUAGACCGAUUUCUUCCACUUUUUAUCAAAUAUGUAUAAGUGUUGGGUGUGUGGAGUGAAGUCUGAUAGGUGAAUUUGAAAGUGAUUGAAUGCGUGUAUAAAAUAAAUAUACAAAUGUCUUAUCGACGAGGACGUGGAUCGAGAAAUGGAUAUGGCUCUUAUCAUCGCAGGGAUUAUUCCGAGGAUAAUCGCGAUGGUUCGAGUCAUGAAACACAAACAAGAGCUGGACAUGGACAUGGACGAGGACGUGGUCAAGGUCGGGGUAGGGGUUCACAUCCUCCAUGGUUAACAGGAAAAGAAAUUGGUCUUUAUUAUAAGAAAAAAGCACAAAGUUCGGGAAAUAAUUCUUCACGUCAGGCUACUCAUGCCAUCCGAUUAAAUCGUCGCACCCAACAAAAAAUAAGAGACCUGCUUAAUUCAAUGAAGCACAACCAUCCCACACCUGUUUCUGGAUCAAGAAUGUAUGAAGAAAUCGAUAAAAAAUUAGGGGAUAGGUACAGCCAUAUCAAUGACUCCCACUUCAAGAAAUCAUUUUUGGAAAUUAUAUCUGGUGAUAUUCAACAAAACCUUACAAAGUCUAUACUUGCCGAUUCAAAACUUGUACAGAAUGACCAUUGGAACAAGAAAUUGUUGGAGGAAAAUAAAAGGAGGUUAUUGCUACCAUCUUAUCAAAAAAUGUUGAAAUUUAGAGAAGAACUACCUACAUUCAAAGUAAAGCAUAAAAUUUUGGAUCUUGUUGAAAAAAAUCAAGUAAUUGUAAUCAGUGGCGAAACUGGUUGUGGUAAAACGACACAAGUUGCACAGUACAUUUUGGAUGACCAGAUUGAACGAGGAAAUGGUAGUGUAACGAAAAUAAUUUGUACACAACCAAGGCGAAUAUCUGCAAUAUCUGUGGCAGAAAGAGUUGCUGCAGAAAGAGCCGAGAGACUAGGCCAAUCUGUUGGAUUUCAGAUCAGACUUGAAAAAAAGUUAUGCAGAGAUCAUGGAAGCAUAUUGUUUUGUACUACAGGAAUGUUGUUGCAAUUUCUCCAUGGUAAUACAGCUUUAACCGAUUGGUCUCAUCUGAUUAUUGAUGAAAUUCACGAGCGUAGUACGGAAAGUGAUUUCAUCAUAACGAUAUUAAAACAAAUUAUUCCUAGGAGGCCUGAUCUGAAAGUGAUUUUAAUGAGUGCUACCUUAAAUUCAGAACAAUUCUCUAGAUAUUACAAGAACUGUCCAAUUAUUCAUAUACCAGGCUUUACUUACCCUGUACAAGAAUAUUAUUUAGAAGAUGUACUUCAGAUUACACGGUUCCGAUUUCCUCCACCCCCCGAAUUACCAAAUAAUUACAGAAGGCAUAUGAAAAGGUUCAAAAAUCAGCAAAAGAAAUCAGACGAUUUCGCGGACUUUAUUCAACCAUAUAUAAGACAAAUAGAGUCUGAGAGAAAAUAUCCUCAGUAUGUCAUCGACCAACUUCGAAACCCAUUGAGUGAAGAUUUGUCGCUUGAACUUGUUGCUGAACUAGUACAAUUUAUAUGUAGAAAUGAAGAACCUGGUGCGAUUCUCAUAUUUCUACCAGGAAUGGUUGAUAUAACAAAAUUAACCAAAAUGUUGCUGGAGUCUGGAGAAUAUCCAUCCAGUAGAUACAUAGUAUAUCCUCUGCAUUCCCGGUUGCCUACUGUUGAUCAAAAAAUAGUUUUCAAUAAACCUCCGAAUGGGGUGAGAAAAAUUAUAAUCGCAACAUCAAUUGCUGAAACUUCGAUCACAAUAGAGGAUGUGGUGUACGUCAUUGAUUCUGGAAAAAUGAAGCUUAGUAGGUUUGAUACUGACAAUAACAUAGAAACAUUAUUAGCGGAACCAGUCUCAUUGGCCAAUGCUAAACAGAGACGUGGAAGAGCUGGAAGAGUUCAACCUGGAAAGUGUUAUCAUUUAUAUACUAGGGCAAGGGAAAUGACGCUGGAUCAAUAUCCAUUGCCCGAAAUGCUGCGAACAAGACUAGAUCAGGUUAUUCUACAAGCUAAAAUCUUGCAACUCGGUAAGAUAAAACCAUUUUUAGCCAGUGUUAUCGACCCUCCGAAUGCAAAGGCUGUUGAAUUGUCACUUGAACUACUUACGACUCUGAAUGCUCUCGAUGAUGAAGAACAGCUAACACCUUUGGGUUAUCAUUUGGCGAAAUUACCGCUUGAUCCUAGAACGGGAAAAAUGAUAAUAUUAGGGGCAAUAUUUUCGUGCGUUGAACCGGUCUUUUCGAUAGCUGCCAGCCUUACUUACAAAGAUGCGUUUUAUUGUCCACUGGGUAAAGAGGCAGAAGCAAGUAAAAAAAAAUUAGAGUUGGGUGCAGGUCAGUUUAGCGAUCACAUAGCGCUUGCAGAAGCGCUCAGAAGAUUUGAAGAAGCUGGUAGACGAGGUUCUCCUGGGUUCUUUUGCAGAGAGUAUUUUCUGUCUUGGAAUACACUCAAACUUCUAAUGGACAUGAAGAGUCAGUUUGCCAAGUAUCUCUGUGAAAUGAAUUUUCUCCAUAGUACAAAUUCCAAUGAUGACCGUAGUAAUAGAAAUUCGAACAAUUUGGCAUUGGUUAAGGCUGUCGUUGGUGCAGGACUCUACCCUAAUGUUGCUAUAGUCAAAUCUGUACACAGGCAUGGUGCUAAGGUUUUGACACCACAGGAUGGUAAAGUCAAACUGCAUCCCUCAAGUAUAAAUGAAAAGUGUCCUUCGUUUCCCAGCCCUUACCUGGUUUACUACACAAAGCAAUUAUCUUCGGCCAUUUACCUGCAUGACACUACAAGCAUCAGUCCUAUGGGUCUAAUUUUUGCCGGUCCAGAUAGCAAAAUAGAAGAACAGCAUGGAAAAUGUGUGCUGGCUCUACCAGGUGCCUUGAGCUUUUUGUGUGAACCGGAAACUGCUUAUAUCAUCCAGAAAUUACGGUCAAAGCUGGAAUGGCUAUUGGGAUAUAAGAUAAAUCAUCCGGGCACAAUAAAGUGGGAUGGAGACGAAGGUGCGGUGUUGAAAGGUAUGAUCGAGCUCGUAUCACAAGGUGAUGAAGAGAUGGGGCUAGAAUCUCGGGUGUACCAUAUGGGAUUUGCCAACGAUACAUAUUCAGACUCUGAUUGAUAAAUAUCAAUAGUUAAUUAUCAAAUUGUACUCGUGUUGAAAAUUUUAUAUUCCUAGCAUUAACGCUGAAGCCGCCCGAGCUAACCGUUUAAAGCCGAAUUUUCAUCAGAUUUAGAUGCAAAAUUGAUUAUUCGAAUAUCGUGAUGAUAUCACAAAGAAAGCUCAGUAGUGUAGGAUAGAAGAAAAAAGCACGAUAAACCACUGUAUUAUAAUUUCGCGACUCCUGUCGAUUACUUUCUAUGAAUCAUAUCGCGAACUUGUAGUCAUCAUUUUCCUUCGUUUACUCAAUACACAGUAUCAAUUGAA